AAUCACUCUAUGAAGAAGAAGCGUUUCCAUUUUAAUUAACACAAAGCUGAUCAAAAUUUGUCUUAGUAAAAGAAACGACGAGAGGAUUGAUCGCUUCUGACUACAUCCUCAAUCAGAAGGCCAUCCUCAUAUCGCUUACGUCCUUCGAUAUGCAAGAGAGUCGGCAUGUGUGAAGACGAAAAAACUGAACGACGAGCGGGUCCAAUUGAAAUGGCAGUUUCCGAGCACGUGGAAAAUGGAAAAAGAAAUGAUGACAAAACAUCAGUUAUGAAUGAAGAAGUAUAUAUUUCUAAACUUCGACAAGCAAUACCACAAUGUUGCGCAGUUGGCGCUAAAAAUUUACUCCUGAUUACUUUCGGUACAACCUUGGGAUUCUCAACUAUCCUUAUCCCGGCGUUACAAAAGGAGGAUUCGGACAUCAAAGUCACAAUGGAGGAAUUAACAUGGAUCAGCAGCCUGAACUUAUUUCUCGUGCCAAUCGGCUGCUUAGCGAGUGGACCGGUAUCACAGUAUUUGGGUAGAAAACGAACAAUGAUGCUGGCAAAUAUACCGUUCGUCGUGGCCUGGCUGAUAUAUUACUACUCCAGCAAUCCCGGAAUGUUGCUUGCGGCGCUCGCGAUAACAGGCUUGACAGGAGGCCUCCUCGAAGGUCCAGUUAUAACUUAUGUCGCUGAGGUAACGCAACCCUAUCUGCGAGGGAUGCUCUCUGCGACUUCCUCAAUGGCGGUGAUCCUGGGGAUCUUCACGCAAAUGUUGAGUGGCAGUUUGGUCCACUGGAGAACGGUGGCGCUAAUCAAUCUGAUUUAUCCGAUUCUGUGUUUUCUCGCUUUAUGCUUGGUGCCCGAGAGUCCACACUGGCUCGCCGUUAAAGGUCGUCUCAAGGAAUCAGAACACGCUCUCUGCUGGUUGCGCGGUUGGGUAAACCCGUCUUACGUGCAUAAUGAAUUUGGAGCGCUUUGCGAGGCAAUUCAGAAGCCGACCGAUAAUACCGGCUCUGAAAAGGAAAAGAUUUGGCAAGCCUACACGAAUCGAACUUUCUACCAGCCUUUCUUUUUGGUCAGCUCGGCAUUCUUUAUCAGUAACUUCGGCGGCUGCACGACCCUGCAGACUUUCGCCGUUAUAAUAUUCGCGAAAUUGAACGCACCAAUCGACAAAUACACUGCCACGGUAUUCCUGGGCAUAGCCCAGUUAAUAGGCAUCACAAUAUGCGUACUAACAAUCCAUCUUAUGGGAAAACGCAAGCUGUCCUUCCUUUCGGUCGGCGGUACCGGAUUAUGCUUCCUCACUACCGCUAUCUAUGGUUAUUUAAGCAAUGCAGAUUAUUUGGACGGGAUUAAAUACAGCUGGGUACCUACUACCUUCAUGAUAGGCGGUGCUUUCAUGGCAAACAUUUGCAUCAGGACAUUGCCUUGGAUUCUCGCUGGAGAGGUGUUCCCCGUAAAAGUACGCAGCAGCGCAACUGGCGCGGCUGGUAUGAUUGCCUACAUCAUGGCGUCGAUCGCGAAUAAAACCUUUCUCUAUAUGGAGAACAGCAUGUCGCUACCCGGGACGAUUUUCUUCUACUCUAUGAUCAAUCUUGUUGGUUUGUGUCUACUAUACGUGAUAUUACCCGAGACCGAGGGUAGAACUUUACAAGAAAUCGAGGAGCAUUAUGCCGGUAUACAGAAUUUAAAGGAUCGACCGAGAAAGGAGCAAAAGGCCACCAAAGAAAAAUGGGCAGUCGCGAAUCCAGCAAUCGUACACGACGAGAGUACCGAAAGUAAAUUGUAAGUCGAAAAUCGGCUAACAAC